AUGUCCCCAUCUAAGAUCCGUUUGGUAGCAACAUUCAAGAUACGGGCUGCUCCGCAUCGACUAGACUCGGCAAAACUCCCACCUAACUUGAAGAGGGUCUCCGUAGGUUCGGACAUCCACUUGCGUCGUGGCAUUUGCCUACAUAAUUCUCUAAAACAUAUCAUGAAGUUGCCUACGUGCAUAUGCAUCUCGAAUAGACGAGCCCAGGAUGUGCAAAGUGGUGUUCUGCACAGCCCCUCGCAUCAGCCUUCUAUCAUCAUUCGAGUAAACGCCAAAGAACACGGAAACCGACCAUAUCAUACUCACAACACAAAACCCCUGCAUAUUCGUCAUUUGGAUAGAUCUGGCUGUAAUAUAAAAAGUAGGCAUAUAAAGACCAACAGAAAUAAUUACAGUGACGGUAGACUCAGCUGCGCAAGCCCGGCAUCAUCAUCAUCAUCAUCAUCAUCAUCAUCGGGAUCCAUAAAUCAGGUAAAACCUACACAGAUAAAGCUCACGACAAUGGACCCGCCACCCUACACAGCUUCACUGAGUGCAGAAACGGCAUAUACUCCAGACGAGCAUGAAGGUAGCAGAGCAGACCCGGUCUCUUCUCUCCUUCGGUCCAAUACGCUUUCAAGUCAGAACCGCAGCCGAAGCUCUUCAUCCCUUACAGUCUCUACACUAGUCGCUGAACCCACCCCCGAAGAUAUAUCCCGUGCCUCCUCAAUCACAAUCAACAACACAGAAGACAAACCACCCACAUACGCCCCUCUCGACGACCAAAUCCGAACAUUCAAGCACGAGUCUCCUUUGAUCUACACGACCUCACCAAACACCAUGGCACGCUACCACCUGCACCAGGAAACCACUGAAAAAGGAAGAGCUAGAAAGCUCAGUAUCCGAAAACUGCUACCAACAGAAGCAAGAUCAUGUUCUGUUCAUUACUCCAGCAGCAACGACACCCGUUCUGCGGCUUCUAAAAUCGUCUACGACGAUGACUUGACGCUCUACUCCAUCACCGCGUAUGACAACUUCCACGUCGUAGGUCUCCCAUAUCAUUACGAGAUAAAAGGACAUCGCAGCCGCACACUUCCUGGUAAAAUUAAGGUGGAGAUUGGCGCACCGUCGUGGAUCAAAAGGCAACGCUCGUUUAAGUUUGUGCAUUAUACGAGGAGCCUGGCGAAGGAUAGUUUGAAUCCGGCGAAUGAAGCGAGGAUGCAGAAGUAUGGGUAUAAGAGUGAGCAGGAGUGGAAUCGGAGGUCGUUGUUUACGGUCAAAACUGGUUGUUGGGUGGAUGGGGAGGGGACGGUUGUUGCGAGAGAAGACCAGGAGGGGGGUUUGAAGAUUGUGGAUGGUAUCUGGGAAGGAAAAGAAUGGAUUAGGCAGAGGGAUUUGAUUGUUGCUUGUUGGGCUUUCAAGAAGUGGGUUAUGGCUGUGAAGUAG